GAGAAGGGGAAAACCCCCCAGCUCCGUCCUGCAGCCAUGGAAGGGGGUGUGCAGCUCCUCAACCGCGACGGGCACAGCAUCUCCCACAACUCCAAGCGCCACUAUCACGAUGCCUUCGUGUGCAUGAACCGCAUGAGGCAGCGGGGGCUGCUCUGCGACAUCGUGCUCCAUGUGGGCACCAAGGAGAUCAAGGCCCACAAGGUGGUGCUGGCGUCGUGCAGCCCGUACUUCCACGCCAUGUUCACAAAUGAGAUGAGUGAGAGCCGCCAGACCCACGUGACGCUGCAUGACAUCGACCCCCAGGCCCUGGAGCAGCUGGUGCAAUACGCCUACACCGCCGAGAUCGUGGUGGGAGAGGGGAACGUGCAGACACUUCUUCCUGCUGCCAGCCUGCUUCAGCUCAAUGGUGUGCGGGAUGCUUGCUGCAAGUUCCUGCUCAGCCAGCUCGACCCAUCCAACUGCCUGGGGAUCCGGGGCUUUGCUGACACCCACUCCUGCAGUGACCUCCUCAAGUCUGCUCACAAGUACGUCCUCCAACACUUCGUGGAGGUGUCCAAGACAGAGGAGUUCAUGCUGCUGCCUCUUAAACAGGUGCUGGACCUCAUUUCUAGUGACAGCCUCAAUGUGCCAUCGGAGGAGGAGGUGUACCGGGCUGUGCUCAGCUGGGUCAAACAUGAUGUGGACAGCAGGAGACAGCACGUCCCCAGGCUCAUGAAGUGCGUCCGACUGCCCCUGCUGAGCCGGGACUUCCUCAUGAGCAACGUGGACACGGAGCUGCUGGUGCGGCACCACUCGGAGUGCAAGGACCUGCUGAUCGAAGCCCUCAAGUACCACCUCAUGCCGGAGCAGAGGGGCGUCCUGAGCAACAGCCGGACGAGGCCGCGGCGCUGCGAGGGGGCCAGCACGGUGCUCUUCUCCGUGGGUGGAGGGAGCCUGUUUGCCAUCCACGGGGACUGUGAGGCCUACGACACGCGGACGGACCGGUGGCACAUGGUGGCCUCCAUGUCGACGCGCAGGGCCAGGGUGGGCGUCGCGGCCAUUGGGAACAAGCUCUACGCUGUGGGCGGCUACGACGGGACCUCUGACUUGGCUACAGUGGAGUCCUAUGAUCCUGUCACCAAUUCCUGGCAACCUGAGGUGUCCAUGGGCACCAGGAGGAGCUGUCUGGGUGUAGCAGCACUUCAUGGGCUUCUCUAUGCUGCUGGGGGGUACGAUGGGGCCUCGUGCCUGAACAGCGCAGAGAGGUACGACCCUCUGACAGGCACCUGGACAUCCAUCGCUGCCAUGAGCACCAGGAGACGCUACGUCCGGGUGGCAACUCUAGAAGGCAACCUCUAUGCUGUUGGGGGAUACGACAGCUCAUCCCACUUAGCCACGGUAGAGAAAUAUGAGCCCCAGAUCAACACCUGGACACCCAUCGCCAACAUGCUGAGCCGCCGGAGCAGCGCGGGGGUGGCCGUGCUGGAGGGGAUGCUCUAUGUGGCUGGGGGCAACGAUGGCACCAGCUGCCUUAACUCUGUGGAGCGCUACAACCCCAAAACCAACACGUGGGAGAGCGUGGCACCCAUGAACAUCCGCAGGAGCACCCAUGACCUGGUGGCCAUGGAUGGGUGGCUGUACGCCGUGGGUGGCAACGACGGGAGCUCCAGCCUCAACUCCAUCGAGAAGUACAACCCCCGCACCAACAAGUGGGUGGCAGCGUCCUGCAUGUUCACCCGCCGGAGCAGCGUGGGGGUGGCCGUGCUGGAACUCCUCAACUUCCCUCCCCCCUCCUCGCCCACCCUCUCGGUGUCUUCGACGAGCCUUUGACAAAGAAUCAGGACGUACCUUACCUCAAGGGGACAGGGGUGCCUGGCAGGGCUCUAGGCCGGCCCCGAGGGGCAGCCGGUCGCUGUAGGAGGGGAGCGGAGGUCCUGGUUGGUGCCUGCAGCCCCAGCACUCCUGUGAACCCCGGAGCUGUCCCCGCUCUUGGGGCGCCCAUCGGAUCAGCGCGACCCCAGCAGUUAGAAACGUGCUUCCUGGACGAGCACCCUCGGUCGGAGGGCGACGAGGCGGGUGCUCUCCGCUCCGCUCAGACUCAUCCCACCGCCCGCCCCAAGGGCUCAUAUCUCCUUUGGGGAGGGGAAACUCUAAACCAUUGCUGCUUCUUGGAUUCACGGGAUCCAGCCGGUGCCACACACGAGCACAGCCAGCCUUGGAGGCUUCCAGGAGCCCUGUGGGGUGGCUGAGGUGGGCAGCGCUCCUGCCAAGGACGCGGCGAAUGUGCAACCACCGCUCCUCUGAAUGUCACUGUAGCCAAACUCUUUACCAAGCCUAUCGUGCACUGUUAAAGACUCUGAGGCCACUGUAUGGUUCUCAAUGGUGUCUCAUUGAUGCCUUAAAAUACACAAACAGAAGAAUCCCAGCUAAGGGACAGGGCCUGGAGGAGGUGAGGUUCGGAGGCAGGACUGGACGUAGCAUCCUGAACCCUCCAGUGUUUCCAUGCUCUGCUGGCCCCCACCUCAUCCCCCGAGAUCCCAGCU